AUGACAUCAGUUACGUGGUUUUGUUCAUCGUUUGAAUCGUCGAGUAAUUCAGACCAAACAACAACGGACUAUAGGUUUCGGAAAAAGACGUAUGCAUCACGUGCUAUUGCUAAUAUGAUAACCAUAGAUUAUGAAAAAAUCGAGACACCUGCCAAAGUAGCAUUUUGUAGUUCGCAUGAAGAGGAGGAAUCUACGCAUUCCCAUUCCCUAAUCGAUCGAUUUCCCGUCCAGAAUGUGGAACAAUUAGCUGUAAAUCCAAAAAAAAUUAAUGAGCUAAGACGAUGGAUGCAAAAGAAGGAAGGACGAUGUCGAGAAUGCAAGUUACUUCUGCUCACAGGACCUACCGGCAGUGGCAAAUCAACAGCUGUGAAAAUGUUGUGUCGCGAACUAAAAUUUGAAUUAAUCGAAUGGAACUGUUCCGAAUCCUACGAUGUAUUUUAUGAUCCGGAGGGAGAGGAAGUCCGGAAAUUUGCCAAAUUUUUGAAGUCAUCGGAUCGUGGAUGUCUUGAAAAAUCAAUUUUACAAAAAGUUAUACUUGUCGAGCAACUUCCGAAUGUUUUUUAUCAAGAUCCGUCGAUACUACAUGCAACAUUAAGGAACACCAUUAAGAACACGGUUUGUAUGUACAUAUUUAUCAUGAGUGAUGUUGAUUCCUGCUGGUAUUUAAGUCCAAAACGUAUUUUGCCUACAAAUAUUCGCUAUCAGUUAGGCUUUGAGGAAUUAGCUUUCAAUGCUUCUGCAAUCAUUUUCUUAUCGAAAGCACUACGACGAAUUACUUUGCUGCUGAAGAUUGACGUAUCACCGUUACAAAUUAAAAGAAUUGCCGAGAAUUCCAAUGGUGACAUAAGAACAGCAAUUCACAAUUUGCAACUGUGUUUUGAUGGCAACAGAGAAUUUGAUGAAGUUUGUUGUCUUCAUUCCUCAACAUUAGUUAAUCCAUAUCAUAGUUUGGGAAAGCUUCUUUAUGCGAAAAGGUGCGACAAAGCUGACGGCGACUGGAAGAAAGCUGAAGAAAAGUUGAAAAUUGAAUUAAGGAAAGUUUACUCAAGAAAUUAUCCUCCCAAGGAUAAUGUCAGUGAGGUGCUUGCUAAAAGUGGUAUGAACGCUGACAAGCUGGUGAUGUUCUUGCAUGAACAUGAGCUGAAUUUUGCUCCAUCGUUGACAUCUUAUCUUGGUAUUCUCAAUAAUAUAAGCCUUUUCGAUUCAGCGUCUGGCCGUUGGGAAGUUCGAAUGGAUUCUAAUUUCAACUCAUAUAUGAGUGAAGUGGGUGUAAUUCGUUUAUUAACCUUUAGUUUUUAA